ACGCCUGCCUGGUGGCGCCAUGGUCUUUCUCACCACGCAGCUGUGGCUGCGGAACCGGCUCACCGACCGCUACUGGCGGGUCCAAGAAGUGCUGAAGCACGCCCGGCACUUCCGGGGAAGGAAGAAUCGGUGCUACAGGUUGGCGGUCAGAGCUGUGAUUAGAGCCUUUGUGAAAUGCACAAAAGCGCGAAGACUGAAGAAGAGGAACUUGAGGACACUUUGGAUCAAUCGAAUCACAGCUGCUUCCCAGGAGCAUGGCCUGAAGUACCCAGCCUUCAUUGGCAGUUUAAUUAAGUGCCAGGUGGAGCUCAACAGGAAAGUGCUUGCGGACCUAGCCAUCUACGAGCCGAAGACUUUCAAAUCUUUGGCGGCUUUGGCAAAGAGGAGGAGAGAGGAGGGAUUUGCUGCUGCCUUGGGAGAUGGGAAGGAGCCUGAAGGUGUGUUCUCCCGCGUGGUGCACUAUCAUUGAGG